GUUGUAUUGUAUUGUUGUGUGUGUCAAUCUCAAACAAAAAGAUAUUUUGUUGUUCACUGAUCAGUGGUUUUUCAAGGUUACUAAUGCUAUAAAAAUAACGGUCUGUAAACUUAAUCAUACAAAACCUACAAAACGCAUUACAAAAAAGAAAAAACAGAAAGUCAAAAAGUAUCAUUAAGUUUAAAAAAAGCUUUAUAUUAUUGCUAAAUACCACGUGAAACAUGAAAUGUUGCAUGAAUUCUGUGGAACUUUAGCUAUCUAAUUACUUCCUAAAUCUGUGAGGACAAUUGUAUUCGUGGCGAAGAAGCAAUAAUGCAGUGCUGCGUGCCUUUAUGCGGAAAUAUAUCAGACAAUGUGUCAACAUCUGAGAAGACAGGAAUUACCUUUCAUGGGUCCCUUCGGUGCUGGUCCCCGCUGGAGUCACUCCAGCCAACCGAGCUCGCUCCAGAAGCUUAGUAGGCCACCCAGGUCGCCGAACGCCUCAUGGAGUGUUGCUGGGGAUCCAAUGUGUGCUGCGCGUUGUUCAGAUACACCUCUGCAUCUAAGCAUAACAUGUAUCGGGGUUUCCUCUUCCUCCAUGCAUGCUCUGCAAAGAGGGCUGUCGGUUAUACCUAGAACCGAAAGGUUACCCAGUGAAGGAAAUCUCCGCACUGCUUUGCUCAGAGCCCUCGGCGUACAAGACCAUCACCUGCCCGACACUGCUGUGGUCUGCUCCCAGCACUUCGUAGAUGAAAACUUUCUCAAUACAAACAGUAGUGUAAGGGAGAUUCACUCUAAUGCUGUUCCCUCAACAGUGCAGAUGUGCAUGAUAUGCCUGGACACUGACAGCAAGCUGUCCCUAAUGAGCAAACACAAGUUGGAGGAGGCAUACAAACAGCUAACUGGACUGUCUUUGUUUCAGUUGUGUCGUCGAGCAAACCUGAAGCAAACACUCUGUGUGCUGUGUGCUCAGAGAUUGAUUAACUUCAGUAGAUUUAGAGACUUGAGCUUGAGAGCCCAUUCACUGAUGACAGACUUAGUUGAACAAUGUAAAUUAAAUACUGUACAACACAAAGAAUUGAUGAACUGCACAACUGCACAUCUGAAGUGUAAUUUGACACAAACAACAUUAGAAGCUAACCAUUGCGACUUGUACAUAGAUCACACUGAUGAAGAGGAACUGACAGCAGCAGAGGAAUCUGUAGUGGGAGAUAUUGCAACAGUUGUGGUGAAGAAUGAAGGCAGUUCUGACUCCAUGUCGUGUGCUGAUAACUUGGAAUUGGCACAAGAAGAUGACAAUCACAAAGACAGUUCCAACAGUGGGUGUGCCUCUGAUGAUGAAUACUCUGACAGGAGCAUAGAAACAGGAAGUCUGAAGCUAAAUGAUGUCCCUCCCCCAACUGCAAACUGCGUUAAGCCUUUAGUCGCUCCACUGUUUGUGAGACUUUCUGCAAGUAACGAGAACAAAAUGCAGGCAACUGAAGAAUCAGGUGCUAUCCAGAAAAGUGAACAAAUCCUUGAAACUAACAUUGGCAAACUGGACAACCGAUCAUCUGAGAGCGGCACCAAACCCUACAUAGAUAUAAAUAGAUUCACAAAUUGUGUAGUCCAGUUAUGUGAUAUAUUCAAGAAACCCAACAAAGUUGUACUUGGUGAUAAUCAACGCGUGAGAACCCACACUGCUGGCAAACUUUACUCUUGUGAAAUGUGCACCUAUAAAUGUGCACUAAAAAGUGAUUUAUUACGGCAUAUUAAAAUCCAUACUGAUGAGAAGCCAUUUUCCUGGGAGUUAUGCAACUAUAAAUGUGCACAAAAAGGUGAUUUAAUACGGCAUAUUAAAACCCAUACUGGUGAGAAGCCAUUUUCCUGUGAGUUAUGCAACUAUAAAUGUGCACAAAGAGGUGAUUUAAUACGGCAUAUUAAAACCCAUACUGGUGAGAAGCCAUUUUCCUGUGAGUUAUGCAACUAUAAAUGUGCACAAAAAGGUGAUUUAUCACACCACAAGAAAACCCACACUGAUGAAAAGCCAUUUUCCUGUGAAUUAUGCAAUUACAAAUGUGCAUAUAAAAGUAGUUUAUUAAAGCAUAUUAAAACCCAUACGGGUGAUAAUCCACGCGUGAGAACCCAUACUGCUGACAAACUUUACUCUUGUGAAAUAUGCACCUAUAAAUGUGCAAAAAAAAGUGCUUUAUUAAAGCACAAGAUAACUCACACUGGUGAAAAGCCAUUUUCCUGUGACAUAUGCAAUUAUAAAUUUGCACGAAAAAGUGAUUUAAUACGGCAUAUUAAAACCCAUACUGGUGAGAAGCCAUUUUCCUGUGAGUUAUGCAACUAUAAAUGUGCAAAAAAAUGUUAUUUAUCAUACCACAAGAAAAUCCACACUGGUGAAAAGCCAUUUUCCUGUGAAAUAUGCAAUUUCAAAUGUGCACAUAAAAAUAGUUUAUUAAGACACAAGAAAACGCACACUGGUGAGAAGCCAUUUUCCUGUGAGAUAUGCAAUUACAAAUUUGCGCGAAAAUUUAAUUUAUUACAGCAUAUUAAAACCCAUACGGGUGAAAAGACAUUUUCCUGUGAGUUAUGCAGUUAUAAAUGUGCACGAAAAAGUCAUUUAUUACAGCAUUUUAAAACCCACACUGGUGUUUUCCUGUGAAAUAUUUAAAUAUAUACAACUCAAAGGUGACAGACUGACAUAGUGAUCUAUCAACGCAGAGCCCAAACCAUUGAACGGAUCGGGCCGAAAUUCCUCAUACAGGUAGAUGUUAUGACGUAGACAUCCGCUAAGAAAGGAUUUUGAUCAAUUCUACCCCCAAGGGAAUAAAAUAGGGGAUGAAAGUUUGUAUGAAACUUUGUCAAUUUUAAACCAAUCGGGCUGAGACUUUGCACGCAUAAAGAUGAUGCAUGUAAUUUUAAUGAAAUGAAACAUUGAUUCUAUAGACAUGAUAUAGGUAGGUAUGAUGACAGUUUUUUAAAUUGUAUAUAAAUUAAGAGUAUGCUAAUAGUAAAGCAAUUUUGUAAAAGUAACAGGGUAUGUGCGAUCAUUACUUUCGGAGCUACAGGGAUUUAAAGGGUCCGAUUUGCGGCGCUGCCGCGGAUCCCUGAAAAACGCCCCAUACAAAAUGGUACGAAUUAAUGACGUUGUAGGUCAUAAUGAUCGUUUGUAUGGGCGGUCAAACGAAAUUACUAAUAUCUUUGUUAUUUGUGCGUCUAUGUUUAUAGAUCAUAUAUUAAAAAAUGUCACAUUUAAUGUAAGGAAGCUAAAACUGUAUGAAUUGUCAUCUAAUUACGAUAAAUAAAUAAGUUAAUACAUUUUAAAAUUUUAUAA